CUCUCAAUUUCUUUGAGCAUGUCUCAAAAUUCUUUGAGUGUUUCCCUACCGGAUGAAGUGGGCACUUUAGUAAAUCCUGCUGAGCUAGAUGUAUCAGGAAACAAGUUAUCAGGUGAGAUCCCCAUUACGUACCUUGGCAGCUGUACUAGCUUAGUUAGCCUGCAUUUGGAAGGUAAUGAAUUCAAAGGACAUAUUCCUCAAUCUCUAGAAAAGUUAAGAGGCUUGGAUCAGAUGGAUAUUUCUCGGAAUAACUUACCUGGACAGAUUCCAGAAUUUUUAGGCAAGCUUGGAGCUCUUAGGUAUUUCAAUCUUUCUCAAAAUGAUUUUGAAGGUGAAUUGCUGACAGAAGGAAUCUUUCUGAACGUAAGUGGAGUCUCAGUUCUUGGAAAUGAUAAGCUCUGUGGUGGCAUCCCAGAAUUACUUCUACCUCCAUGUUCCAGCAGAAAGCCUCAUUCAUCUCGAGGACUACUUGCCCCAAAAGUAAUAAUCCCUUUAACUAGUGCAAUUGCAUUAAUAAUUGCUCUUUCCUGCUUGGUUGCUGCACGUUCAAUGAUGAAAAAGCCGAGAGAUGGACCUUUGACUUCAUCUUCUCAUAAUGAUUCAUAUCCAAGUAUCUCUUACUUGGAACUUGUUCAAUCAGCUAAUGGGUUUUCUGUGGACAAUCUGAUUGGUUCGGGAAGUUUUGGUUCUGUAUACAAAGGAUUACUGAGUAGUAAUGGAAUGGUAGUUGCUGUUAAGGUGUCAAACCUUCAACAACACGGAGCUUCAAAGAGUUUCAUUGAUGAAUGCAGAGCUCUAAAAAGUAUAAGGCACCGCAAUCUUCUGAAGAUCAUAACUACCUGCUCAAGCACCGACAAUCAGGGUAACGACUUCAAAAGUAUAGUUUUCAAUUUCAUGGAAAAUGGAAGUCUAGAUCCUUGGCUGCAUGCUAGAGAAGACGACGGAUCUCAAAGUAAGAGAUUGAGCCUUAUCGAAAGGCUCAAUAUUGCCAUUGAUGUUGCUUGCGCAUUAGAUUAUCUACAUGACCAUUGUGAAACACAUUGUGAAACAUCCAUUGUUCAUUGUGAUCUAAAGCCAAGCAACGUCCUUCUCGAUGAGGAUAUGGUAGCCCAUGUUGGUGCCUUUUCAUCAUCCCUUGACAUUCCUAGUUCCAUUGCUGCGGAGGUUAUGGUAGUGAUCAAGGCAAUCAAGCUUGCAUGGGUUCGAGAUUGGAAGCAUAUUUGGCUGGAAGUUGACUCGUCCCUCAUUCUAAAUUUUCUCCACUCUCCCCAGAUGGUACCUUGGCAAUUAUAG